CGCGGGGCCACAGCUGCCGCCAUUUUCAUCGCUGCCGCACGCGUGCUGUCGCUCCGCUCUUAAGGGGGCAGCGCCGCAUCUUUGCUUUUUCUAUCCCCUUUCUCCAAGCGCCUCCGCGCCGUUCGGGUGGGUUCGAGUUCCCCCCGCCAGCCGCCGCCAUGAGGGAGAUCGUGCACAUCCAAGCGGGCCAAUGCGGCAACCAGAUCGGCGCCAAGUUCUGGGAGGUGAUCAGCGACGAGCACGGCAUCGACCCCACGGGCACCUACCACGGGGACAGCGACCUGCAGCUGGACCGCAUCAGCGUCUACUACAACGAGGCCACAGGAGGUAAAUACGUGCCCAGGGCCAUCCUGGUGGACCUGGAGCCCGGCACCAUGGACUCGGUGCGCUCCGGACCCUUCGGGCAAAUCUUCCGACCCGACAACUUCGUGUUCGGCCAAAGCGGCGCCGGGAACAACUGGGCCAAGGGUCACUACACGGAGGGCGCCGAGCUGGUGGACUCGGUGCUGGACGUGGUGCGGAAGGAGGCCGAGAGCUGCGACUGCUUGCAGGGCUUCCAGCUGACCCACUCGCUGGGCGGCGGCACCGGCUCGGGCAUGGGCACGCUGCUCAUCUCCAAGAUCCGCGAGGAGUACCCCGACCGCAUCAUGAACACCUUCAGCGUGGUGCCGUCGCCCAAGGUGUCGGACACGGUGGUGGAGCCCUACAACGCCACGCUGUCGGUGCACCAGCUGGUGGAGAACACGGACGAGACGUACUGCAUCGACAACGAGGCGCUCUACGACAUCUGCUUCCGCACCCUCAAGCUGACCACGCCCACCUACGGCGACCUCAACCACCUGGUGUCGGCCACCAUGAGCGGCGUCACCACGUGCCUGCGCUUCCCCGGGCAGCUCAACGCCGACCUGAGGAAACUGGCCGUCAACAUGGUGCCCUUCCCGCGGCUGCACUUCUUCAUGCCCGGCUUCGCGCCGCUGACGUCGCGGGGCAGCCAGCAGUACCGCGCCCUCACCGUGCCCGAGCUCACCCAGCAGGUUUUCGACGCCAAGAACAUGAUGGCCGCCUGCGACCCGCGGCACGGGCGCUACCUCACCGUGGCCGCCGUCUUCCGGGGCCGCAUGUCCAUGAAGGAGGUGGACGAGCAGAUGCUGAACGUGCAGAACAAGAACAGCUCCUACUUCGUGGAGUGGAUCCCCAACAACGUGAAGACGGCCGUGUGCGACAUCCCGCCGCGCGGCCUCAAGAUGGCCGUCACCUUCAUCGGCAACUCCACCGCCAUCCAGGAGCUGUUCAAGCGCAUCUCGGAGCAGUUCACCGCCAUGUUCCGGCGCAAGGCCUUCCUGCACUGGUACACGGGCGAGGGCAUGGACGAGAUGGAGUUCACCGAGGCCGAGAGCAACAUGAACGACCUGGUGUCCGAGUACCAGCAGUACCAGGACGCCACGGCCGAGGAGGAGGAGGAUUUCGGCGAGGAGGCCGAAGAGGAGGCCUGAGGGUCGUUGGGUUUACCCUCCCCCCUUCCCGUUCCCGGUGUGCUGUCCCAGGGCGGCGCCUUCAGCGUCGUCUGUCCUUCGUCAUCGUCAGCGGCGGCGGCAGCAGAGCCUCCACACAGCCUUCACCAUCAUCAUCGUCCUGGAAGAGCCCCCAGCCUUCACCAUCAUCAUCAUCGUCCUGGAAGAGCCCCCAGCCUUCAGCAUCAUCAUCAUCGUCCUGGAAGAGUCCCCAGCCUUCAGCAUCAUCAUCAUCGUCCUGGAAGAGUCCCCAGCCUUCAUCAUCAUCAUCCUGGAAGAGUCCCCAGCCUUCAGCAUUGACCUCACAUUCCCCAACCUUAAUCUUCAUCAUCGUCAUCGUGGAAGAGUUUGCAGUAUUCAUCCUUGUAGAGUCUCCAGUCUUCAUCACUGAAGAGUCUCCAAUCUUCAUCAUCAUGAAGAGUCCCCAGCCAUCAUCAUCACCAUCAAGUUCCUGGUUUUCAAUAUUCAGGAUUUCCAACCUUGGUCGCCUUCAUCCGUGAAGAGUCUCCAGCCUUCAUCAUCAUCAUCAUCCUUGAAGAGUCUCCAGUCUUCAGCAUCAUUGAAGAGUUUCCAGUCUUCUUUCACAGAUCUCCCCAGGGUUCAUCAUCAUCAUCAUCAUCCUCCACACCUUUGAAUUUGGCUUUGACCAUCAUCAUCCUCAUCAUGGAAGAGCCUCCACGAGCUCCUGACCUUCGGCCUCAUCAUGGAAGAAUCGUUGACCUUCAUCAAGUUUGGGCAGUUGACCUUGGCCUUCAUCAUCACCAUGGAAGAGUUCUUGACCUUCAUCAUCCUCCUCAUCACCUUGGAAGAUCCCUUGACCUUCAUCAUCGUCACCCCCGCCCCUCCCCUGCUGCCACCGCCCCUCGCCCCCCCCUCCGCUCCAUUGCCGCCAUUUUGGGUCGUUUUUCCCUUUUUUUUUCUCCAGUUUUUGUUCGUUUCUGUCCGUUUUCCCUUUUUUGUGUUGUUGUUUCUUUUCCAGUUUUUUUUGUCAUUUCGUCCAUUUUUGGUCAUUUUCCCUAUUUUUGGUUCAUUUUCCUCCAUUUUGAUCUCUCGUUUUUCUGCCAUUUUCACACAUUUUUCCUCAUUUUUGGUCAGUUUUUCCUCUUUUUUGGUAUUUUUUUCCCAUUUUUCCAAUUUCUGCUCUUUUUACCCAUUUUUGCUGGUCUCAGCCCAAUUUCAUUCCGUUUUCUCAACUUUUGAUUCCUUUUUUUUCUCCUCAAUUUUUGCUCAGCCAUUUUUAACCCAUUUUGGGUUUGGAUUCCUCAAUUUCCAUUCAUUUUUUUCCCCAAUUUUUAUUCAUUUUUUUCCCAAUUUCUGUCCAUUUUUGGUUUAUUUUUUUCCAAAUUUCCAUUUUUUUCCCCCCAGUUUUCAUCCGUUUUUACCUAUUUUUAGUUCUUUUCCCAAUUUUUGUCAAUUUUUUUCCCAAUUUUCAUUCAUUUUUCCACAUUUUUGGUUCAUUUUUUCCCUAUUUUUUGUCCAUCUUUGCCCAGUUUUUUGUCCAUUUUUACCCAUUUUUGGUUAGUUUUUUUCCCAAUUUUCAUCAGGUUUUUUUCCUAAUUUUUUGUCCAUUUUCCCCUCAUUUUUUCCUCCAUUUUUUCUCAUUUUUCCCAAUUUCCCUCCGUUUCUCCCCAAAUUCCGUCGCCGUUCCCGGUCACUCGCUCCUGUUUUUGGAUCGUUUUUGGGUUUUUUUUGUUGUUUAUUUUUCUUUUUUUUUUUUUUUUAGUUUUUGUUUUUUCCCGUUUCUUUCGUUUUUCAUAUUGAAAAGUCGCCCCCGGGUCCGGAAUAAACUCGGGAUGGAAAAGCCACAAA